AUGAUUAAGACAUUCUACAAUCUCAACCCAGCCAACAGCGACCAAUUCAAGCAUCACUUCCAAGGCAGCGACAGUCACAGGCCAGCUAACAGCGACCAAUUCAAGCAUCACUACCAAGGCAGCGACAGUAAAAGGCCAGCCAACAGCGACCAAUUCAAGCAUCACUUCCAAGGCAGCGACAGUCACAGGCCAGCCAACAGCGACCAAUUCAAGCAUAACUUCCAAGGCAGCGACAGUCACAGGCCAGCUAACGGCAGCGACAGUCACAGACCAGCUAACGGCGACCAAUUCAAGCAUCACUACCAAGGCAGCGACAGUCACAGGCCAGCUUACGGCGACCAAUUCAAGCAUCACUACCAAGGCAGCGUCAGUCACAGGCCAGCUUACGGCGACCAAUUCAAGCAUCACUACCAAGGCAGCGAUAGUCACAGGCCAGCCAACAGCCACCGAUUCAAGCAUCAAUACCACGGCAGCCACUGUCACAGGCAAACUAACAGCGACCAAUUCAAGCAUCAAUACCAAGGCAGUGAGAGUCACAGGCCAGCUAACAGCGACCAAUUCAAGCAUCAAUACCACGGCAGCCACUGUCACAGGUUAGCCAGCAGCGACCAAUUCAAGCAUCACUACCAAGGUAGCGACAGUCACAGGCCAGCUAACGGCGACCAAUUCAAGCAUCAAUACCACGGCAGCGACAGUCACAGGCCAGCUAACGGCGACCAAUUCAAGCAUCGAUUCCAAGGCAGCGACAGUCACAGGCCAGCUAACGGUGACCAAUUCAAGCAUCAAUACCACGGCAGCCACUGUCACAGGUUAGCCAGCAGCGACCAAUUCAAGCAUCACUACCAAGGUAGCGACAGUCACAGGCCAGCUAACGGCGACCAAUUCAAGCAUCAAUACCACGGCAGCGACAGUCACAGGCCAGCUAACGGCGACCAAUUCAAGCAUCAAUACCAAGGCAGCGACAGUCACAGGCCAGCUAACGGCGACCAAUUCAAGCAUCGAUUCCAAGGCAGCGACCGUCACAGGCCAGCUAACGGUGACCAAUUCAAGCAUCAAUACCACGGCAGCCACUGUCACAGGUUAGCCAACAGCGACCAAUUCAAGCAUCACUUCCACGGCAACGACUGUCACAGGCCAGCUAACGGGAGUGAGAGUCACAGGCCAGCUAACGGCGACCAAUUCAAGCAUCAAUACCAAGGAAGCGACAGUCACAGGCCAGCUAAUAGCUACCAAUUCAAGCAUCACUACCAAGGCAGCGACAGUCACAGACCAGCUAACGGCGACCAAUUCAAGCAUCACUACCAAGGCAGCGACAGUCACAGGCCAGCCAACAGCCACCGAUUCAAGCAUCAAUACCACGGCAGCCACUGUCACAGGCAAACUAACAGCGACCAAUUCAAGCAUCAAUACCAAGGCAGUGAGAGUCACAGGCCAGCUAACGGCGACCAAUUCAAGCAUCAAUACCACGGCAGCCACUGUCACAGGUUAGCCAGCAGCGACCAAUUCAAGCAUCACUACCAAGGUAGCGACAGUCACAGGCCAGCUAACGGCGACCAAUUCAAGCAUCAAUACCACGGCAGCGACAGUCACAGGCCAACUAACGGUGACCAAUUCAAGCAUCAAUACCACGGCAGCCACUGUCACAGGUUAGCCAGCAGCGACCAAUUCAAGCAUCACUACCAAGGUAGCGACAGUCACAGGCCAGCUAACGGCGACCAAUUCAAGCAUCAAUACCAAGGCAGCGACAGUCACAGGCCAGCUAACGGCGACCAAAUCAAGCAUCAAUACCAAGGCAGCGACAGUCACAGGCCAGCUAACGGCGACCAAUUCAAGCAUCGAUUCCAAGGCAGCGACCGUCACAGGCCAGCUAACGGUGACCAAUUCAAGCAUCAAUACCACGGCAGCCACUGUCACAGGUUAGCGAACAGCGACCAAUUCAAGCAUCACUUCCAAGGCAGCGACAGUCACAGGCCAGCUAACGGCGACCAAUUCAAGCAUCACUUCCACGGCAACUACUGUCACAGGCCAGCUAACGGUGACCAAUUCAAGCAUUAA